AUGUCGGCCGCCAACAAGAUCGCCCCUAACAGCCCUUCGCGCAACAACCCGUCGGAGCUCGAGACCAGCAUUGCUGGUGCUCUGUACGACCUGGAGACCAACACUGCCGACCUGAAGGCUGCUCUCCGACCUCUGCAGUUCGUGUCUGCCCGCGAGAUCGAAGUUGGCCACGGCAAGAAGGCUAUUGUCAUCUUUGUCCCCGUCCCCUCCCUGCAGGGCUUCCACCGUGUCCAGCAGCGCCUGACCCGUGAGCUCGAGAAGAAGUUCUCCGACCGUCAUGUCCUGAUCCUCGCCUCGCGCCGCAUUCUGCCCCGCCCCAAGCGAUCCGCCCGCUCGCGCAACACCCUCAAGCAGAAGCGACCUCGCUCGCGAACUCUUACCGCCGUCCACGAUGCCAUCCUGGCCGACCUGGUCUACCCCGUCGACAUCGUCGGCAAGCGCAUUCGCACCAAGGAGGACAACAGCAAGCUGCUGAAGGUCAUCCUCGACGAGAAGGAGCGUGGUGGUGUCGACUACAGACUCGACACCUACUCUGAGGUCUACCGCAGACUGACGGGCCGCACCGUUACCUUCGAGUUCCCCCAGUCUGGUGCCACUGAGUACUAG